AUGUCUCGUUUAUUUACAGUUUUGAAAUUUGAUAAAAUAAUUAAUUUUAACAAUAUACCGGGAGCAACUCACCAUAGUAAUUCCAUACCAAAUGGCUACUGUGGUUUCAACUGGAAAAAUGUCGCGUACAUGCACGAAAGUGAAGCAAAAGACCGCUUGGAUGGUUUCAAAAACGCCUUUACUAGCAGUAGUUACGUAGCAUUCAAUGCCGGUGGACGUUCAAUGUCAAUCAAAAGUGGUACACCGGUCUCUCUCCUAUCAAUUGUAGCUUGUGCCGUAACAAAUGAUAAUCUCCAAUUAACACUUACUGGUUCUUGUUCAGGACAUCUGAUGAUGACCAAAGCAGUCAUAUUGAAAACAAACAAAUCAAAAAUUAUUGAACUUGGCUGGAAAAAUAUCGAUGAAGUUCAUUUCGAUGCGGAAGGCGGCACACCUCAUACAGGCGCUAGUACUACGCGUUUUGCAAUAGGACAGUUAAAUUUAUUCUAA